GGGGCUUCUUGGCCAUUGGAGCUCCUCAUCAAAGGCCAUUGUCUGCAGCUUGGUACUUGACCAGUAGACACCGAAGAAGAGGAGCAGGAAGCUGUUCCCUUAGAGCCAGUGUGGUCUGCAGGAGAGAGGAGGCCUUGGACUUCACAUCGUCUUGUGGUGCCAGGACGCAUGAUGUGGGCGCAGAAGGCUCAGGCUGGUGAGAAGCAAGAUCAGAAGAACAGCGUAUCUUUUAUCACGAAAGCUGACGGAACAAGUGCCCGGAAAUCAGAUGAGAGCAAUCUGGAAAACCAACAGGGAGUUCUGGCCAGAUCUUCUGGUCCUUGUGCUGUGACUGAUGAGUCCCUCGGCCCCCGUAGUUUUGAGACAAGCACCACCCCGCUGAGAGGUGCACAGAGUGGUAUUAUUGAUUUGGAAGAAAUUGAAGUGUCUGAAGUGUCGGGAUCCUUCCCGGUGGCUGACUUCUCUGGUGAUACUCCUGCUGCUAGAGCAUCCGACAGGGAUACUGUCAUUUUAGCUGAUAUUGUUAUUGCUAUAUGGAGAGGUUCUGUCUAUAUGAGUGAAAGAAUUAACUUCCCCCUGGAUGUUAUUUCUGAAGGUUUUGUGCCUUAUAAGGGAGACUGGUUGGAGGUUGAGUAUUCAAUUCAACCUGGCACCUCGAAAAUGAAGAUACACUCAGUGAAGCCUAUUAUGCGCAAUCAUGUCAAAGAGGCCCGGGUCACCAGUGUGGAUGGAAGAAAUGGGGUGAUAGAUGAUAGCUUCUUUUUCACCCUAGAUACACUGAUAUGCCCUAAGGGAUACGUGCCUCAAGUCCACGAUGUUGUCAGUGUGGACAUUGUGGAGAGUGAUCAGAAGCAGUAUCUGUGGAGAGCAUUUGCAAUCAACCCAAUUGAAACAUCAUUGUAA